AAAAAAAAAAAAACGUAUAGGCUAUAACAUUUUAAAUAUAUGUUUAUUAGUCGUAUUUUUCACAAAUGUUUAUGUUUUUUUUUAAUUACCACUUGUAAAAGUAGGAUUACAAAUCAUGAAUCCUAUGACAAAUAUUAAAAAUGUUCUCAAGCUAAGUGAACGCGAAUUGUCAGGCAAUUCUAAAAGUUCUUGGCACGAUCAAUAUAAAAACAGCGCUUGGAUAUUUAUUGGUGGACUGCCUUAUGAUCUCACAGAAGGCGACAUUAUUUGUGUAUUUUCCCAGUAUGGAGAAAUUGUUAAUAUUAAUUUAGUAAGAGACAAAGCAACUGGAAAAUCGAGAGGGUUUGCAUUUAUCUGUUAUGAAGACCAAAGAUCAACUAUAUUAGCUGUUGAUAAUUUAAAUGGAAUUAAGAUAUUAGGAAGAACAAUAAGAGUUGACCACUGUGAACAAUAUAAAGCACCUAAUGCUGAAAUGUCAAAGCUGGAUGAAAUUACAGCUUCCAUCAGAACAGAAGGAUGUGCACCAAGUAUUCAGCAUCAACCUGUGACAGAUAUCAAAAAGGAAAAGAAGAAAAGGACACACAAAGAAAAGAAAAGUAAAAAGAAGAAAAAGAAAAGUCGAAGUUCAGAUUCUGAGUCAUCUAGCAAAUAAUAUGCAUAUCUUUAUAAUGAAAUAAAAUAUUGACCAA